UUAGUUUUUGAAUUGCGAUCGCAUAACCUAUUACGUGUAUGCGACAGUGUACGGGAGCACUAGCCGAAAAUGCUGAAGGUACUGUCACUAAGGGAUUUCGAUCCGCCGUCGUUCAGCGAUUUGGCUACAGCGAGUUUCGCGCACAAUGCACUCGUUUACUGCACCAAGGAAGAGCUGCAGCAGGAGGCGCAGUCCUUUUGCAUCUACCUGCGAGACUUUCCCGCCGUCAACAUCACACAGGAGAUGCUGGCUACGAGGGAGACACACCGCACAAUUGGAGCUAGGGACCUCUUUCUACCUGUGCAGGACAGCGCAUUCAAGAAGGUAGUCAGUAUUUGGAGGGAAAAGGGUCUACUCGAGGCUAUCAGAACAGCUGCAGCGGAAGAUCCAGCUGAAAUCACCCACCCCAUUCACUGGAUCACUACCAGGAUAACUCGGAUGCUUGAUUCGAUAGAAGGUGGGACCUUUUGGAGCAGCAUUUUGCCCUCUUCAGGAUCUGGCUCUGUUGCCGAUGUUGCUGCCACCAGAGAUUGGACUACAGCUUUGAUACGUUGCAUUGCUUGGCAUCCAAACUGUAUACGCUUGGCUGUUGCCACAAGGGAUGAUCGCAUCAGGAUAUUUUCUACUGGCAACAUAGCUACAGCGAUUCUGAGGCACAGUGCACAGAAAUCUGUCUGCUGCAUGAGCUGGAGGCCAAAUGCUGGCAGAGAAUUGGCAGCUGCUUGUCAGAAUGGAGUGCUUGUUUGGAAUGUCGAGUUAGGAGCUGCCAGUAAUUCACUUAGUCAUGCUUUCAUGCUGAAACACAGGAAUCAUGCACCUGUCACAAGUGUUUCAUGGAGUCCACAGGGUGAUGUACUGGUAUCUUGCUCUCUGACGGACAUGAAUAUGAUAAUUUGGGAUGUAGCCAAAGAAAGCGGGAUCCCCCUGCGGCGUGUCGGCGGUGGAGGAUUGUGCUUUGCACGCUGGUCAUCUUGUGGAUCAAGAUUGUUGGCCACGACGUGUAGAAAAAUAUUUAGGGUAUGGAACAUUGGAGCAGGAACUCCGUGGAAGGCUGAGAGGUGGACCGUGCCAAAUGGUCGGGUUGCUGCCGCAUGCUUCGGGCCAAACUUGACUCUUCUUUUCACAUCCACCGAAGAUCCAGCAAUGGUAUUUUCGCUCCCUUUGCAAGAGCAAAUUUUCGACUUAAAAAAAAUAGGCACCACCGAUGACAACAAGGUUGCUCUACCCUUGAUUGAUCUGAGCAAAAUAACGUUCAUGUCCGACGACGAGGAUAUGCAAGUCUCGGUUGGAGGAAGGGUUAUUUCGAUGGACUGGGAUCCCCUUGGAAAAUACCUGGCAGUGAUUUUCCAGGACAGCCCACUCGUUGCCUUGUUCAAAACGAAGAUCGGCAAUACGUCGAGAAUAACCGAAGUCAAGCCAAUGUGCCUCGUGAAAGGAUUUCCCGGUGAAGUCCCGAACUGCAUUCAGUUUUACCACAAUUACAAGCAACAGUCGGACGCCAGUAUCCUGACGAUUGCAUGGAGCAGCGGCUCCGUUCAACACUUUCCAAUCAUCGACAGUCCGCAUGCAGAACCCCGGCCAGAACUUGGCAAGACUAUUGGAGCCAUGAACAAUACAUUCUCCAUCACGGAAGACUUCCAAACGUCGCUUUACAGUAGUUUCUCCGUGAUUCAAUAGCAGCGCGGAGCGUCGAAGUGACUGUAAGUUUUCCAGCAAACUCGUAACGAAUUUUUACCAACGAUGCAGCCACCCACCACUCAAUGCACGGACAUGUGUUCCAACAUCGUCGGCAAAAAUUUUUCAAUAAUGCGCGACACAGUAUACAUUUACAAUAGUCUGAUGCAACACUUGUCGCUAUGAACUCGCUCGAAUUCGAAGUAAGCCUAAUUUGCAGCUCUAUGCUGCCAAAUAGCUGUGGAAUUGUCAUUGGAUAUUUGCAAAAACUCGAGUCGAACAAACAGACGCUCGUGAGAAUUAUUUGUAAAGGCUUAUCUAGAAAGAGUUAAUAUCCGAGACUCAUACAUCUGCGUAUUUUUGUACUUUUCUAUAGUUAAUGAAUGAUGGAUUAUAAUAUCAAAGUGCAAAUAAUAAUUAACUUAUAACUUUUCUAUCAA